UCCACUGCUGCAGCUAGCUACACACGUCCACACAGAAUAAAAUGGCCUUGCGCCACCUCACUCCUCUCUCCCCAUUAAGAGCUCUCACGCGGCGCGCACACUCUCUCUCUCCUCUUUCGCUCUCUACUUCUCGCAAGAAGUGCUUCUCUGGUUCGGUAAUGGCUUCCGCUGUUAAGAAGGUUUUGGUUCCCAUUGCGAAUGGCACAGAGCCGCUGGAGGCGGUGAUCACCAUCGACAUACUGCGAAGGGCUGGUGCUGAUGUCACCGUGGCUUCUGUGGAGAAGCAGCUUCGCGUCGAUGCGUGUCAUGGAGUGAAGAUCGUCGCCGAUGCCCUAAUUUCUGACUGUGCUCAAAGCGCAUUUGAUCUCAUCUCUCUACCCGGAGGAAUGCCGGGUUCUGCUGCUCUGAGAGAUAGUGAGAUUUUGGAAAGCAUGGUGAAAAAGCAGGCCACAGAUGGACAAUUUUAUGCUGCAAUAUGUGCAGCUCCUGCUGUUGCACUCGGUUCAUGGGGUGUGCUGAAAGGGCUGAAGGCGACUUGUUAUCCUUCAUUCAUGGAGCAAUUGUCAUCUUCUGCAGCCACGGUCGAAUCAAGAGUCCAUCAGGAUGGAAAGGUUGUGACUAGUCGUGGACCUGGCACUGCCAUGGAGUACUCCAUUGCUUUAGUUGAGCAAUUAUUUGGGAAAGAGAAAGCUGAUGAAGUUUCUGGGCCAUUGGUAAUGCGUUCCAAUCAUGGAGAUGAGUAUACAAUGGUAGAGCUGAACCCAAUGGAGUGGACAUACGUUAAUUGUCCUCGGAUUCUUGUACCCAUUGCUGAUGGCACAGAGGAAAUGGAAGCUACUAUAAUUAUCGACUUUCUUAGACGAGCGCAAGUGGAAGUUGUGGUGGCCUCUGUAGGGGAUAAACUUGAAAUUGUUGCUUCUCGAAAAGUGAAACUGGAGGCAGAUAUGCUCCUUGAAGCUGCUGCUAAGCUUUCAUAUGACCUUAUUGUCUUGCCAGGUGGUCUUGGUGGUGCCCAAGCAUUUGCAAACUCCGAGAAGCUAGUUGAUUUGCUAAAGAGGCAGAAAGAAGCAAAUAAACCCUAUGGAGCAAUAUGUGCAUCCCCUGCUUUAGUCCUCGAGCCCCACGGCUUACUUAAGGGUAAGAAGGCCACUGCCUUUCCUCCGAUGUGCAACAAGCUGUCUGAUCAGAGCGAAGCUGAAAACAGGGUUGUGGUGGACGGUAAUCUCAUCACCAGCAGAGGCCCAGGAACCACCAUGGAAUUUUCACUGGCAAUUGUGGAGAAGCUGUUCGGCCGCAAAAAGGCACUUGAGCUUGCGAAGACUACGCUUGUUGUACAUUAGUAGGUAGAGUUCGUAAGAGUUUCUCCACUACUUGUAUGGAAAACUUGCGACACGAAUAAGUAUGAAACUCUGAGAAAUAUGGAAUCAAGUUUGCAGUCGUCAUGUGUAGAAGUUCAUAUAUAAAUAAGUAACUUUCCUGGACUGAUUUGCUUCU